UCCUCCAGUCGAGCUGCAUAGCUUUACCACAGGGACGAGGCAAAUUUGCAACCCGUCGAGAAUGUUCCAAAUGGCCUUGACCCCGUAUCUACUCCUCCUGGCCCUGGCAGUUCCGUCAUGCAUGAGCGGAAGAAUUCCCCGUGGACCCAUAGGACCCAUCAUCAAACCCAUCGUUCCUCGCGGCCCAUUGCCCAUUUUACCAAUAGGACCAUUUGGUCCUAGAGGACCAAUAGGACCCAGAGGACCUAUUGGGUUUUUAGGACCAAGAGGGCCAUUUGGACCUAGAGGACCUAUUGGACCAAUUGUUCCUGUUGGUCCUCUGCCAAUAUUUCCUGGUCCUAUCGGUCCUGUAGGACCCAUCGGUCCUGUCCUGCCUCCCGUUGUGGGGCCGAUCAUCAAGCCCAUCGUGAUCAAGGAAAUUCCAUUUGUCAACAAACACAUCAGCGAUCUAGCUCAGCCAGAUUACCAAUCCUACACAACUCCAAAUGGAGGCACGACCAUUAUCGACAACAGGCGGGGAUUCUCAAUCAAUUACCGCGGUGGUGCCAUUGGAGGAGGUGGCAGGUUUGAUGGUUAUGGUGAUGGCGGCGCAGGUAUUGGGAUUGGAUAUGAUGGCUACGGAGAUUAUGGCGUAGGAGGAGCCGCUGGCGGCUUUGACACAUUCGCUAGUGCAUCUGCAUCAGGUACGUGUAUACGUACAGAAUGUUAA